AUGGCUUUGUUCCUCACUAAAUUUGAGUGUUUGUGGCUAAGUGUUGUCGCCCCCCUCCCCCAUAUGCAGUAUAUGUUGAUGGCAGAUUUUACCUAUGCAACCAUACCCAUGAACCCUUUCAGGGGUGUAGAGGAUCAAUUUCUCCCAUCUUUCAUUUUAGCUCAGAGACCUUUUGUAGGACUAUGUAUUUUCUGUAGAUCUGCUGGAUUUUUACAGGGGGUGGAAUCUGACUUCAGCUCAGUAUUUGAUGGUACAAUCCUCAGAGCAAAGAGUAUCAUCACACCUUCAGUCUACAGCAUAGCCUAUGCCUGCCAUUCUCCAUCCCCUAUGCUCAUGUUUCUUUCCUCAAGUUACAUAUUAGCUUGGCGUGGAAUCUGGAGUUUAUUUAUGCAUAACACAUCCUGUACUAUGUUUGCCAAACUUUGUUCUAGGCUCCCAGCUAAUGUACAACAACUCUUGACAUCUGACCACAAGGAGGUUGUGUGAUGGGGAAGACACCACCUAACCACUGAUAGGCAACUUGUUCUGUCUCCACUACUGUAACUGUAUGA